ACCCAAACCAGCGUACGUAGUUUGAUCUUGCGCUGGGGCGGAGAUGAACGGUCGUAAAUAUGGCGGCGGCCUUGGAGGAAGACGAAAUCGACAAUGAUGAUUAUUAUUCUCUGUUAAACGUCCGCAGAGAGGCUACACAGGAUGAGCUCAAGGCUUCAUAUCGCCGCCUUUGCAUGCUGUACCACCCAGACAAGCACAGAGAUCCAGAGCUUAAGAGGCAGGCAGAGCAGCUUUUUAACUUGGUUCACCAGGCCUAUGAAGUACUAAGUGAUCCACAAUCUAGAGCAAUUUAUGACGUAUAUGGGAAGAGAGGGCUGGAAGUGGAAGGAUGGGAGGUGGUGGAGAGGAAAAGAACGCCAGCAGAGAUCCGUGAAGAAUAUGAGCGACUUCAAAGAGAAAGAGAGGAGAGAAGACUACAGCAAAGGACCAACCCAAAGGGCACAAUAAGUGUGGGUAUUGAUGCGACAGACCUCUUUGAUCGCUAUGAGGAGGACUAUGAAGAGAUCUCUGGUAGUGAUAGCGGUGGCGCCGGCGGCUUACCGCACAUUGAGAUCAACAAGAUGCACAUAUCCCAGUCAAUAGAGGCCCCUUUGACAACCUCAGACACAGCCAUUCUUUCUGGCUCUCUCUCCACACACAAUGGUAAUGGGGGAGGAAACAUAAACUUGGCCUUGCGACGAGUGACCUCAGCAAAGGGCUGGGGAGAAGUUGAGUUUGGGGCAGGAGACACACAUGGCCCUCUCUUCGGGUUGAAGAUUUUCCGUAACUUGACUCCACGCUGCUUCACUACGGCUCAUUGUGGCAUGCAGUUUUCAUCCCGUGGUAUACGGCCGGCUCUCACUACUAUGCUUGCACGCCACCUGGACAAAAACACUAUGGGUUAUUUACAGUGGCGCUGGGGAACUCAGUCUUCCAUGAACACCAGCAUCGUCAGGGACACCAAAAGCAGUCAUUUCACCUUCGCUGUGCAGUUGGGAAUUCCACAUACAUUUAUCAUGAUGAGCUACCAGUACAAAUUCCAGGAUGAUGAUCAGACCAAGAUCAAGGGCUCUGUCAAGUCAGGGUUUUUCGGUACCGUGGUGGAAUACGGUGCCGAGACGAAGAUCAGUCGCCACAGUGUCCUGGGUGCUACCGUCAGUGUCGGAGUACCGCAAGGCGUCUCUCUCAAGAUCAAGUUGAACCGAGCGAGCCAGACGUACUUCUUCCCCAUUCACUUAACAGACCAGCUUCUACCCAGCGCCGUUUUUUAUGCCACUGUCGGACCACUUGUGUUCUACUUGGCCAUCCAGCGGCUAGUUAUCAGACCUUACGUUCGUGCUCAUCAGGAACAGGAGCUUGAGAAGCAGCGGGAGAGCUCGGCAUCAGACAUUGCCAAGAAGAAGCAAGAGGCAGAAGCAGCUGUUAUGCUGAUGCAAGAGUCUGUGCGUAGAAUUAUCGAAGCGGAGGAGUCCAGAAUGGGUCUGAUCAUCCUCAACGCCUGGUAUGGCAAGUUUGUGACAGACAACAGCCGUAAGCAUGAAAGGGCAAGAGUCAUUGAUGUGACGGUGCCUCUACAGUGCCUGGUGAAGGACUCCAAACUCAUUCUCACAGAAGCCUCUAAGGCUGGGUUACCGGGCUUCUACGACCCCUGUGUAGGUGAGGAGAAGAGUCUGAAGAUGCUGUAUCAGUUCAGAGGCGUGAUGCACCAAGUUCUAUGUGGUGACACAGAAGCACUCAGGAUACCAAAACAAUCUCACAGGAUUGAUAAUGACAGUUAGGAACAUGUAUCUCUUGAGCUGAAAGGGACAGUUUGGACUGGUAUAGACUGAUGAGACACAGAUGUUCUGGAGUAGUGCCCUGGAAACUGUGCCCUUGAAAGUCUUCAUAUACCUAUUUUUCCUUUAUUUUGUGAUGUUUUAAUAUUAUUCUACAUGAUGUCUGUUUUCAAAUUAGAACAUUUAAUUUGCUGAAUUUCCUUGAAUUCCCUUUCCCAGAAAAGUUAGACAACAUAUAUAUUUUGUGUUGGUAGGCCUUACAACCAUUUUUAAACAAAAGUCCCCUUCCUCAAAUAUGGAUCCACAACGGUGCCUGUAAUCAGCACUCAGUGGAUAGAUGUAUUUUUCUCUCAUUACAUCACAGAGAAAACAUUGCUGCUUGAUCCUACUCACUGAAUCCCACAGGAGCUGGUGUAACCCAGCUGUCAGCCUUCUUUCUGUGUCUGACUUUUUGUACCCCCAGCUUCCAAAUAAAUGAUCUUGCAAAUGUUCAGGAGGCUAAGCAUGUUCUUAGUGAAACCCUGGCUGCUUAAUCAUUUGCAUUAUUUUUUCUUUCAUCCCAAUCCCUUGAGUCUAAUAUUUGAAGGCCCACCUCUCGUACUUUACAUCUGCCAGAAGUUUAAUAGGAAUUGAUGGGGCCAAUGCACACAAUAUGCCGGUACUGUCUAUUGCAUGCUGGUUGGGGAAACAAAAUGUGAAUUGUAUACUAAAACUCAUGUAGGGCUUGUCUCCCACCUUGUGUCCAAAGACUUGAAUAGCAGUGGAUGAAGGGAUAAUAGUGUAACCUCCUCUGUUUAUAUUUUAUGCUCAAUCUCCCUCAAUCCCUGCAUUUUAGUGCCAUAAUUAAUACAUGGAAGAUCAAAACCUCUUUGGUUGAUUUCAACUUUUUGUUGCCUUUUUGGUAUUUGGGAGCUUCAUGGUGGUUAAUGAUUCAUCUUUUAUUUGAAAGACUGGCUGUAUGGAGUCUCUUUUUUUUUUUUUUUUUGAGAAGUAUAGUUUAUAUGAAAUGUGUCCAUUCUGCACACUUGCCAUUUGAAUUAUGUAAAAAAAACAAAAAAAAAACAGUCGCCUCAAGACAAGUAUCGGUUGUCUGUUGGCUGAAGUAUCGGUUUGUUCAAAGGCGUUUGUCAUACUUUACCUAAUGGCCUACCAUUUGCAGCAAGUAUAGACUGUCAUUUUUUAAAUAAAUCAUCAAGGAACAAUGGAAAUGUAUAUUGUGUUUGAAUGGUGUACAUGACUUUUAUUUUAAAAACAGAACAUUUUACAUAAUGUUUCCUCAAAUGUUUUAAGCAAGGUGACAUUUGAUAUAAUUUAAUCAGUAACACUUUACAAUAAGGUGCUAUUUAACAUUAGUUAACUACAUUAGUUAACAUGAGCUUAAAAGCAUUUAAUAAUCAUAGUUCAUGUUCAUUUCAACAUUCAUUAGUACAUUAUUAAAAUCUGAAAUUUUAUCUGUUUACCUGAGCUAGCAUAUACUAGCAAUUAACUUUUAUAUUAUUAUUAACUAAUGUUAACAAAGAUUAAAGGGACAUUACUGUAAAAUGUUACCAUUUAUUCUAGAAAUGUUCUUCUACAAAUUCUUUGGGCAGAAAAUCUUCAAUACAAGUAAAAACCAAAACAGUAAAUUUUGUGAAAGUUUUAGAAAAAAGUUUAAAGAAAAAGAAUGUCACUUUUGCCCAUUUCAGGAAAUACUUUUAUUGAACAUAUUUUCCAUUACCAAAAUUCUUCCUUAAAGUUCAAAAGAUGUUUGUACAACCCGAGGUCUUCAUUAUUGCUUGACUAGAUCUGGAGCUGUGAAUGUCUGGCUAUGUUUAUGUCUAUAUCGAAGUUGUCGGCGCAAAGUUAUAAGUUCUCUAUGAUCAUCUUGAAGUUUAAGUUUCAUUCUUUUGAUCAAUCUGUAUUUGUUCUGCAACCUUUUCCGUAUCCAGCUGUUGGCAUCUAAAACAUUAAACAGAUGGGCUUUGGUCGUGCAUGGAUUCAAAAUA